GACAGAUCAUGUGAAGGAGGAGAUAGCCGCAACCCCAACUGAAUUGGAAACCCUCUGCAACUUGUGAAACUGGGUGAGCGAGAUGACAAAGAAGCGCAAAAAUAAGCUUGUGAUACGACCAUGGUGCUGGUAUUGCGAACGAGAGUUCGAAGAUGAGAAAGUAUUAAUGCAGCAUCAGAAGGCGAAGCAUUACAAGUGCAGGCACUGCCCUCGAAAGCUCAACACCGCUGGUGGACUUGCGGUUCACGUCCAACAGGUUCAUAAGCUUGAUCCGGAAAAGAUUGAAAAUGCUCUUCCCGGUCGAGAUGGGGGAGAGGUUGAGAUAUUCGGUAUGGAAGGUGUUCCAAAAUCUGACGUCGAAGCCUGGAGAAGAAAGAAGGAGAUAGAGGCCGGUGUUGCAAUUGGAUCUUCUGCACCUCAUCCCAAGCGCCCAAAACUCGACAGAAGGUCGAUUCCUGACGAAGAACUCGCUGCGCAAUUGGAGGCACAUAAGGCACUCAUGCGAGGAUCAGUAGAUGCGGCUCCUUCGGCGAGCGGUCCUACAAGCUCUGGCACUCCGAUUGUGUAUGCUGCGCCCCAAACUUACACUGCACUUCCGACGGCCGCCGUUCCAGCUCCUGGUGCACCUGCUCCGGCCCCGGCAUCUGCUUCAGCCCCAGCCCCAGGGGCGCCUCCCUUCCCUGGGGUGCCACCCCUAUUCGUGCCACCGCCGAAUGCCCUCGCACCCGGUGCCGGACCCCCUCCAGGAUUCCCACCAUUUCCUCCUGGCGUGCCUCCGCCCCCAGGUUUUGUAUCAGGAAUGCCGCUACCGCCGGGCUUCCCGCCUUUCCCUCCGGGUGGCCCUCUUCCCCCGGGUCUCCUCCCGCCUCCCUUUGCUCCCAGUAAUCCGCCUGGACCGGGCGCGGCUCCGCUCUUCGUUCCUGGCGUUUCAGCACCACCACCAAGUCUUGCUCUCCAAAAUUCAUCGUCACCUGCUCCCGCCCCUGGCCAGCCUCCGGCUCCAGUCCUGGCUCCCCCUCUUCCAGCCUUUACCCCGGCCGCGUCUGUAACUGCUACUGCGAAUGUUCCUCCAGUUCUCCUCGAACAGUCAUCCCCGAAGGCUGUUGUGAAAUUGACUCAGCCACAGAUUGAGAUCUCAUAUCCCCCAAUGAAAGAAGGCUCGUCUCUCGUUUGGGAUGAUGCUAACUAUUCACCCAUGGAACGCCGCUCACAGAACCCAAAGUACGGGUUCGAGCAGACAAGGCUGCCAGAAGAAGCGCCGUUAGAUGGGGGGAUUCGAGGAACGAAACGUGCGAGAGCUGAAGAUUUCCUGUAGUUUUUCCUAUGUAUGCGUACUUUGUUUGGUAUAAUUACUGCACAACCUCGAUUGAGUGUGGGAAAGUUGGACUUUUGGUGAUUCUUGUUGUCUACUC